CAUUUCCGGUCACAGGCUCCCUCCCCCGGAAGUGAGACCUGAUGUAAACACCGGAGCCGGGCGUCAAGGCCCGCGAGGUCAGAAAGCCGGGCCGCGGGCGGCACCGAGAACCUGGGCGGAGAUCCGGGACGCGCGGAGGUCAGUCCUGCUGGGGUUGGUAGGUAGCAUUGUGAGGAGGAAGAAGAAAUCAGUUGGGGACAGGAGUUCUAGGACUUGGAGGACAGACCCCAGGACUCUUUCCAGCUCUACCCCCAUUUGCGUCCAGGAAAGCAAUCCUGGACCAUGACUCAGCAGCCACUUCGAGGAGUGACCAGCCUGCGUUUCAACCAAGACCAAACCCGGAUUCCUCCCAUCCCCCAGGCUGCUUCUGCUGUGCCAUGGAGACAGGUGUGCGCAUCUACAACGUGGAGCCGUUGAUGGAGAAGGGGCAUCUGGACCAUGAGCAGGUGGGCAGCAUGGGCCUGGUGGAAAUGCUGCACCGCUCCAACCUGCUGGCCCUGGUGGGCGGUGGUAGCAGCCCCAAGUUCUCAGAGAUCUCAGCAGUGCUGAUCUGGGACGAUGCCCGGGAGGGCAAGGACUCCAAGGACAAGCUGGUGCUGGAGUUCACCUUCACCAAGCCAGUGCUGGCUGUGCGCAUGCGCCAUGACAAAAUCGUGAUCGUGCUGAGGAACCGCAUCUAUGUGUACUCCUUCCCCAACAGUCCCCGAAAGCUGUUUGAGUUUGACACCCGGGACAACCCCAAGGGGCUCUGUGACCUCUGCCCCAGCCUGGAGAAGCAACUGCUAGUGUUCCCAGGACACAAGUGCGGGAGUCUGCAACUUGUGGACCUGGCGAGCACAAAGCCCGGAACUUCAUCUGCUCCGUUCACCAUCAACGCACAUCAGAGCGACGUGGCCUGCGUGUCUCUGAACCAGCCAGGCACUGUAGUGGCCUCGGCCUCCCAGAAGGGCACCCUUAUUCGCCUUUUUGAUACGCAGUCCAAGGAGAAACUGGUGGAACUGCGCAGAGGCACUGACCCCGCCACCCUCUACUGCAUCAACUUCAGCCAUGAUUCCUCCUUCCUGUGCGCUUCCAGUGAUAAGGGCACGGUCCAUAUCUUUGCUCUCAAGGAUACCCGCCUCAACCGCCGCUCCGCGCUGGCUCGUGUAGGCAAGGUGGGGCCUAUGAUUGGGCAGUACGUGGACUCUCAGUGGAGCCUGGCAAGCUUCACCGUGCCUGCUGAGUCAGCCUGCAUCUGCGCCUUCGGUCGCAAUACUUCCAAGAACGUCAACUCGGUCAUUGCCAUCUGUGUAGAUGGGACCUUCCACAAGUACGUCUUCACUCCUGAUGGAAACUGCAACAGAGAGGCUUUCGAUGUGUACCUUGACAUCUGUGAUGACGAUGACUUUUAAGGACCCUGUGGGUUGUGCCAGGAGCCUGCAGUGGCAGAUUGCAAAGCCUUUAGGGGGUUGGGAGUGCUGUGGAAGCCACUAGCCAGCAAGCAUUAAUGGGGCAGGUGCCCACUUUCUACUCAGCAGAGAGUGCCUAAACAGCUCUCUUCCCUCAAGCACUUCGUGAAGACUGUGUACCAGUAAGGCCAGGCCAUGGACCCUGGACGGCAGCAGACCCCCUGAGGCUCCCAGCCUGGAGAAGACUGCUAGGCACCCAAAGGGAGUGCCCUAAUCCAACCUGUGUGGGGGGGAUUAAAAAACUUCCCUGAAAGAGACGAUCUUUGAUGUGAUGAACAUGAAUAAAAGGCCCUUAAUGGUG